AUGCCAUCCAAGAAGCAGACUGAUGUGAGUGGUGGGGACAGGCAGCCCGACGAGACUCCCACAUUUUGCUCGUUGGAGAACCUGAAGGUUGCACAAGUGCAGGUGGUUGGUGGAACACUGAACGGAUUCUCAAUUGGCUUUGUUGCCGUGUAUGCUUAUUUCUACCUGAUGUCCACGGACUGCUCGAUGUACAAGAAGGAGGUGGCUUGCAACAGGGUAUUGAACGCGGAGUGUUCUUGGAGCAAAACACGUGGGGAAUGCGGCUGGAACGGCUUAACAUGCUUUUGGGGGUACGGUAAGGAUAAGGAUUCAUGCCUUGCGGACGGCAGGUGCAAGUGGGUGUACAGCGACGAAGAGUGCAAGAAUCCGACUGGGUACAGCUCGUCCUAUAACGGCAUCUUUGCUGGUGCGAUGAUUGUUGGCGCAAUGAUUGGGUCGAUCUAUGCCGGGCAGUUUGCCGCGAGGUUUGGUCACAAGGUGUCGUUCCUGAUCGUCGGCAUCGUUGGCGUUGUGUCAUCCGUGAUGUACCAUGUGUCCUCGGCAACGAAUGAGUUUUGGGUGCUGUGCGUUGGUCGUCUACUGAUAGGUGUUGUACUCGGUCUUGUGAACGUUGCAUGCCCCAUGUAUGUCGACCAGAACGCCCACCCGAAGUUCCUUCACGUGGACGGUGUUCUGUUUCAGGUGUUCACCACGUUUGGCAUUAUGUUUGCUGCAGCGAUGGGGUUGGCUAUUGGGCAAAGCGUCAACUUUGACAAGGACACCAAAAUGGAUGCCCGCAUGCAGGGCUACUGUGCCUUUUCUACGCUGUUGUCGGUGCUCAUGGUCGCGCUUGGUAUCUUCUUGGGCGAGAGCAAGACGAAGUUUACGAGCGGCAAGCACGAGGACGAUGGCACUGCGCUGGACCCGAACGAGUACAGCUACUUGCAGAUGCUUGGACCUUUGGCGAUGGGACUAGUGACUUCCGGGACGCUGCAACUGACUGGCAUCAAUGCCGUGAUGAAUUACGCGCCAAAGAUUAUGGGCAACUUGGGGAUGGUGCCUCUUGUGGGCAACUUCGUGGUGAUGGCGUGGAACUUUGUGACAACUCUCGUCUCGAUUCCACUUGCCCGGGUCCUCACGAUGCGCCAGCUGUUUCUUGGUGCCUCGCUUGUGGCGUCGGUCUCGUGUCUGCUCUUGUGCGGGGUCCCUGUGUACCCCGGCGUUGCCGAUAAGAACGUGAAGAAUGGCGUUGCGAUCACUGGAAUUGCCAUAUUCAUCGCCGCGUUUGAGAUUGGCCUUGGACCGUGCUUCUUUGUGCUUGCCCAGGAACUGUUCCCACGCUCUUUCCGUCCGAGGGGUGCGUCCUUCGUGCUCCUGACGAAUUUCAUCUUUAAUGUUAUCAUCAACGUCUGCUACCCGAUCGCGACGGAGGGCAUCUCUGGCGGCCCGUCUGGCAACCAGGACAAGGGUCAGGCAGUCGCGUUCAUCUUUUUUGGCUGCAUUGGUCUUGUCUGCUUCGUUCUGCAGGUGUUCUUCUUGUACCCGUGGGAGGAGAGCACUCCUCAGAACCACGGCGACACCAACGAAGAGUCCGCGCUUCCAGAACAGCAGUCGCCGAUUGAGGUUGCCACCCCUGGCAACCGUCAACCCGCGUGA